UGCCAGUCUGAACCGGUUUCAACCGGUCUUGCGUGUGAUGCAUGAGACUAGAGAGGAGCUGGGUCACAGUCUCUCGCAGAUAUCUGCUUUCAAAACAACGGUUUUUCUGCAGUAGACAAAAGAAUAAACUAACGAUUGGUUUGAUGCUGUUGUUAUAAAACGGAAUGAGUAGUUAAAGCGAGCUGUAAACCGCCAUAGAGAGAGACAGAUGAACUAACACGAGCUGCUGACUGAAAGGGGACUCGGAUUCAAUCACUGAAGACAAUAAUUAAAAAUAACACCGAAAUUGUGUGUUUCGGGGGUUUUCAUGUAUCGUUUGCUUUGCACUAUAGUGUGUUUGGCGAUAUAGUGAGGUAACCAGCUAGUUAGCAAUUGAAGUGAACUUGCUAGGUUUUUUUGAAUAGGUUUACAUACGCUAUCGUGUAAAAUGAGAUAAAUCAAAUAGACCUUUUUUUUUACCUCUGGUCUUGAUAUUGUUUUGACGCGACGCACGUUUCCACGACACUUAACCUUGUUGCUGAUUCCUAAACCACGUUAGCAUUGUUUUGUUUUUUUUUCCGCGAGGACGAGUUUUGGUUAAAACAGCUCUAUGCCGGCAGACAUGACCAUGUUGGCGGAUCACACAGCACGACAGUUGCUGGACUUCAGUCAAAAGCUAGACAUCAUCCUGCUGGACAAUGUAGUCAACUCCAUGCACUAUGAUGUGGGAUCUCAGCAAAGACUGGCACAAGAAGUUCUCACCAAUCUGAAGGACCACCCAGAUGCCUGGACCCGAGUGGACACCAUAUUGGAGUUCUCGCAGAACAUGAAGACAAAAUACUACGCUCUUCAGAUACUGGAGACAGUGAUCAAAACACGCUGGAAGAUUCUUCCACGAAACCAGUGUGAAGGAAUUAAAAAGUAUGUUGUUGGGCUGAUUAUCAAGACUUCCUCUGAUCCCAACAGCGUAGAGAAGGAAGGGGUUUACAUAGCAAAGCUCAACAUGAUCCUGGUGCAGAUUCUGAAGCAGGAGUGGCCAAAGCAUUGGCCCACAUUCAUCAGUGACAUUGUGGGAGCGAGUCGCACCAGCGAGAGCUUGUGUCAGAACAACAUGAUCAUCCUGAAGCUCCUCAGUGAGGAGGUGUUUGACUUCUCCAGCGGGCAGAUGACUCAGGUCAAAGCCAAGCACCUGAAGGACAGUAUGUGCAAUGAAUUUUCCCAAAUAUUCCAGCUAUGCCAGUUUGUCAUGGAAAAUUCCCAGAAUGCCCCUCUAGUCCACGCCACAUUGGAGACCCUCCUUCGUUUCCUUAACUGGAUUCCACUGGGCUACAUAUUUGAAACCAAACUCAUCAGCACGCUGGUGUACAAGUUCCUAAAUGUUCCGAUGUUCCGGAACGUCACUCUGAAGUGUCUGACAGAGAUCGCAGCAGUAAGUGUCAGUCAGUACGAGGAGCAGUUUGUCAACCUUUUCACUCUCACCAUGAUGCAGCUCAAACAGAUGCUGCCUCUGAACACAAAUAUCCGUCUGGCAUAUGCAAACGGGAGAGACGAUGAGCAGAACUUCAUCCAGAACCUCAGUCUGUUUCUCUGCACCUUCCUCAAAGAGCACGGACAACUGAUAGAGAAGAGACUGAACCUGAGAGAGACACUCAUGGAGGCUCUGCAUUACAUGCUGCUGGUGUCUGAGGUGGAGGAGACGGAGAUCUUUAAGAUCUGUCUGGAGUACUGGAACCAUCUGGCUGCUGAGCUCUACAGAGAGAGUCCCUUCUCUACCUCCACCUCUCCGCUGCUGUCAACCAGUCAGCACUUCGACGUGCCGCCCCGCAGACACCUCUACCUGCCUGUGCUCUCCAAGGUGCGUCUGCUGAUGGUGAGUCGCAUGGCCAAACCGGAGGAGGUUCUGGUGGUGGAGAACGAUCAGGGCGAGGUGGUGAGAGAAUUCAUGAAGGACACCGACUCCAUCAACCUCUACAAAAACAUGAGAGAGACUCUGGUCUACUUGACUCACCUGGACUAUGCCGAUACGGAGCGGAUCAUGACAGAGAAGCUUCAUAAUCAGGUGAACGGUACCGAGUGGUCCUGGAGGAACCUGAACACGCUGUGCUGGGCCAUCGGCUCCAUCAGUGGGGCCAUGCAUGAAGAGGACGAGAAGAGAUUCCUCGUCACUGUCAUUAAGGAUCUGCUGGGUCUGUGUGAACAGAAAAGAGGGAAAGACAACAAGGCCAUCAUUGCCUCCAACAUCAUGUACAUCGUCGGUCAGUACCCACGAUUCCUCAGGGCCCACUGGAAGUUCCUCAAGACCGUCGUCAACAAACUCUUUGAGUUCAUGCACGAGACCCAUGACGGCGUGCAGGACAUGGCCUGUGACACAUUCAUCAAGAUCGCUCAGAAGUGCAGGAGGCAUUUUGUGCAGGUUCAGGUGGGGGAGGUGAUGCCCUUCAUCGACGAGAUCCUCAACAACAUCAACACCAUCAUCUGUGACCUGCAGCCGCAGCAGGUGCACACGUUCUACGAGGCCGUGGGCUACAUGAUCGGAGCACAAACAGACCAGACGGUCCAGGAGCGACUGAUCGAGAAAUACAUGCUCCUCCCCAACCAGGUGUGGGACAGCAUCAUCCAGCAGGCCACCAAGAACGUGGACAUCCUGAAGGACCCAGAGACGGUGCGUCAGCUAGGCAGCAUCCUGAAGACCAACGUGAGGGCGUGUAAAGCCGUGGGUCACCCUUUUGUCCUGCAGCUGGGACGUAUUUACCUGGACAUGCUCAAUGUCUACAAGUGCCUGAGUGAGAACAUCUCUUCUGCAAUCCAGAGCAACGGUGAGAUGGUGACCAAGCAGCCUCUGAUACGUAGCAUGCGGACGGUGAAGAGAGAGACACUAAAGCUCAUCUCCGGAUGGGUCAGCCGCUCUAACGACCCUCAGAUGGUUGGAGAGAACUUCGUUCCACCUUUGCUGGAAGCAGUUCUCAUCGACUACCAAAGGAACGUUCCAGCAGCUCGAGAACCAGAGGUGCUCAGCACUAUGGCAACCAUCGUCAACAAGCUCGGCGCACAUAUAACAGGAGAGAUCCCCAAGAUAUUCGAUGCUGUGUUUGAGUGCACCCUCGACAUGAUCAACAAGAACUUUGAGGAGUUCCCCGAGCACAGGACGCAUUUCUUCUACCUGCUGCAAGCAGUCAACUCCCAAUGUUUCCCAGCAUUCCUGUCCAUCCCACCGGCACAGUUCAAACUGGUUCUGGACUCCAUCAUCUGGGCCUUCAAACACACCAUGAGAAAUGUAGCCGACACAGGGCUUCAGGUCCUGUUCACCAUGCUGCAGAACAUCGCACAGGAAGAGGCGGCAGCUCAGAGCUUCUAUCAGACCUACUUCUGCGAUAUCCUGCAGCACAUUUUCUCGGUUGUCACGGAUACGUCUCAUACUGCUGGUCUGACGAUGCACGCCUCCAUCCUCGCCUACAUGUUUAACCUGGUGGAAGAGGGUAAAAUCAGCGUCACUUUGAACGCAGGCACCACGAGCAGCAAUCAAUGCUACGUGCAGGAGUACGUGGCCAAUCUGCUGAAGACCGCCUUCCCACAUCUGCAGGAUGCCCAGGUGAAGGUUUUUGUCACGGGUCUGUUCAGCUUGAAUCAGGACAUUCCUGCCUUUAAAGAGCACCUCAGGGACUUCCUGGUCCAGAUCAAGGAGUUUGCGGGUGAGGACUCCACAGAUCUGUUCCUGGAGGAGAGGGAAGCGGCUCUGCGUCAGGCUCAGGAGGAGAAACACAAGCUCCAGAUGUCUGUCCCAGGAAUCCUCAACCCUCAUGAGCUCCCGGAGGAAAUGUGUGAAUGAGCACCAGGACAGUUUCACACUCAUGAAGGAAGCGCUUUAAGCUCAAGCGUGUGCUUGUGUGCGUGUGUAUAGAGAAGUAGCAGUCAAAUGAGGACAAAUAGGAAAAUGAAUCCAGAUGUUGGUUGUUUGUCGACCAAAUCCUUGCCAAUAUGUAAAUUAAAGACAUGUCUGUUAUUAGUAACCUGACUCCUCCCAAACCCUUUGGUUUUACAUAACACAGCAUUUUAUAUAACGGAAACUGUCUCUCUCGUAUAUCAAUUUACUGUAUAUCCUUCAGUGUUUCUGUUUGGUAUGUUUGCUUUCCUGUUUCAAAGCACAUUACUAAUCAUUUUAAUGUUUUCUCAGCCUCAUCUGUUUGUGAAUAUGUAAUAUACAGUGUGGCAGGCCAAUGAAGACGGACAGUUACUGCGCAGGAAGAGAGAUUUGUGUUGUUGAGCUGUGCGGCUGUGUGGCUCAUGAACCACAGCAAGUGAAUGUGACUGUUCAGGAUCAGUCCUGAUGCUGUUCCUGUCUUCUUUAUUGGGGGUUUGUGUGUGUUUAUAUAUAUUUUUUCGUUCAAUUGCAGUAAAUGAGAAAGACGAGUCUUUUUCAUGCUACAGACCCACUGAUGUCUUUUCUUUUGGCAUAGGGAUGUCAUUCAAAUGAAAGGGUUUGUUCAUAUCAUCCUAUUUGUAAAGCUGUGUAUUAGUACUAUGGAAACAUAAAGUUGGGUAUUUUUACAAA